AUGCGGUAUACCCCCAUGAGCAAUUUCUGUUUUUGGCACGGCAUACUCAAGAUGAGACGACCCACUAGGCCAGUGACGAAUGGGUUGGGAACUCUUGGGCCGCCCGACUGCAGGAACGGGUGGAGGUGGUUCUCAAGCGGGUUCCAUGCUGUUCCGGGCCCGGGUAGGAGAAUGCAGAUAAUCCAGCAUGCUUAUGCGUGGAUGAGCUCGCCGACAGUUGGCUCGCUACUGCAGCGCGGAUGCUUGGUCCUGCGGCAAAACCGGGCCGCUGCCCUCGAGAAUCUGCUGACUGUUUUCACAGCGGAGCGACCUUGUAGCCGAUGUGUCUCUCAAAACAAGGCCGAUCAAUGCGUCGACGUCCAGCACAAGAAGCGCGGGCGACCCCGGCUUCGAGACGACAACCAGACGAGAUAUGAAAGCGGGGGGAGGAUGGGAAGUGCAGCAGAGGCCAUGAGAAGGCCCUUGACAUCCGUGUAUGGCUCGGGUUCCACGAUGGGUAUGGUUCAAAGUGACAGUCUCCGACGCACUCAGUCGUAUCGCGUGCUGAAAUCUCAGCCAGCCGAAUCAAUCGCACCGAGAUUCCUCGAACGAGGUUUGGCAGCUGAUGCAAACGUUUUUCCAGCUCCCCUAUCGAUAUCGACAACGAGGGUUCCCGAAGAACCAGUGGCAUACUUGAGGGUUGUUGGCCUGGAGUUUUUGAAGGCAUCGGCAACCUUCUACAGCGCCAUAGGACGGCCGUCGAGAACGGGUUUCAAACUGCUGGAGGAUGUACUUGCACCCGGUGAUCGCGGCAAGGCCGAGAGAAUUGACCGACAGACAAAGGAGGAGCAACGGAACAGAGAGAUGGGACUGCCGGCCAUGACGACCGUCGAUGAGCAAGCCCACUUUGCUCAAAGACUCGGGUUCGGCGCAGAUGACAUUGCAAGAUACCAGACAGACUGGAGGGUGGAGCAUCUUACCUUUGAGGGAGAAGAUGGUCAGCAUCGACAAUUUCCAACUCGAUUUGGGCUGGUGAAGGAAGAUUCGGUUUGGUUUGUCGUACUAAUCCUCCAGAUCCAGCCACCUAGACCAUAUCAGUACCCGACGCCCUCGCCGAACCCAAGAGACAACACGUAUCCUUAUCAGCCCACGCCCCUAUCGUUUUCCCAGCCCACGCCCAUGUCAGCGACGUUCGAUCCGAGGCAAUCAAGGCUAGGAGAGCCUUCGCCCUACGGAGCGAGGCAGCCGAUGGCCAUUGGAGCCCCGCCACCAUCGAUAAUGACGGGAAGGAGCCCUGGCCUUCCCUCAGGUUACGUCCCAUCUCCAAACAGGCCUAGCUACCCAGAAACGUCAUCCUCCUACCAGGUACCCAGAAGCGAGAUUCAUCCUCCAUCAAGUCGGCCGCCUCAGAUGCAAGGGUACCAGCUUCCACCGUUGAACCUUGGGCCUUCCACGGGUCCUUCCCAACCGCAGCCACAAGAGAGGCAGUCUCGAGGAGAUCGACCACGAGUUGAUAUUGGCGGUCUCCUUGAUCACCCGGGUCACCCCAGGGAUCCACCACCAUCACAACAAUGA